GGGAACAUCCGAAAUUUACCAGUUCUGUUGAGGGCUCUCUCUCUCUCCCACACGCGCGCGCGCACACCCUCUUGUGCCCUGCUCUACUACUACUACAUCUUCUCUUUCUGCCACUCUUUCUUCAAAAUUUCCCUGAACUUCCUCCUAAACCCCUCUCACCAUGAACAUGAACUGCUUCUUCUUUCUCCGAAAUCUCAACUCCCGACUCUCCUUCGUCCUCCCCUCCAACAUCAUCCACCUUCCACUUCCCGAGAAACCCUCGAAAUUCCCCUGAAAAUCCUUCCUCCCUUCACUUCCAUCUUCUCACUCUCUUCCCAUUUCAGUUUCCAUGGCGGAAGGGAUUGAUGUUAUUCCUAGCGAUUGCCCGGCCAACCCCGGGCAUCUAUUCCCGACGGACCAAUGUCAGGCUCAGAGCCCUUUCGUGCUCGACAUCAGUUCCGACGAGGAUGGCAGCGGCCUCCUCGUGGAGGAACCCAAGUUCACAGGGAGCGACGACUUCGAUUGGCUCGCCCAGCUCCUCAGGGACGAGAGCGCAGGGGCGUCGUCCGGCGGAGACUCGGAUGAGGUCGUGGUGGUCAAGGAGGUCAACGCCAAGUCAAAGUCGAAGGCUCCCCGAUUGGCUGUGGACGACGAGGAUGAUGAUGAUUGCGUCAUACUAAACAGCAACCCCGACAAGGCUGCUGCUGUUGCUGCUGCUGCUGCUGGUGCCCUGGCAGAUGAUUCCUCUUCGGAUGAUUUGCUGGUUGUUGGAGAAAAGGGGCAGAUUGCGUGCAGAGAUUAUCCUCAUUCUCGACACCUGUGCGUUAAAUUUCCUUUCAGCAGCACCUCGCAUGAGAAGCACUGUCACCUCUGUCACUGUUAUGUCUGUGAUGCACCUGCGCCAUGCAUAUAUUGGGGUACUGGUGUGACAAACACUGACCACUGUCAUGCUACUGACAAAGAAGAGCUCUGGAGAGUUUGGAGAAAACAAUCAAAAGGGGAGAAAACCGGUCUGGUCCCCAGUGCGAAGCUCCCAAAUGUUUCUAUUCCUGUGGUAUCCCAGUGUACUCCUGCUCCAGUGCCACUGGGCUCCACCCAUACAGUUGCCAACUCCAUAUCAGACAAUUUCGCUACAAUACUAAAUCCUUGCUCUGCCUAUGCCUCUUCAAGUUUUCCCACAGGAAAUGUUGCUACAGGCUGUAAUCCUGGACUGCAUUCACACUCGGUUUCACAGCAUCUAAUUCAGGUAAAUGGAGGGGCAGUGCACAGAUUCCGUGACCAUAAAAAUGGCUGUCAGCUGACGCCUCAUUCUGUCUCCUCCAUUACAGCAUUCAAAAGAUUUGGACCAGUCAGGUCGUCUUUUCCCUUAAACAACUGCUAUGAGAGAACUACUUUACAACAUGGUAGGAGUCAAUUGGCCAGUACCGUGAAUUCUGUGUGUGUACAGAAGCACCCUAACAGGAGGCAGAGUGAACUUCCGGGUGUGAGGCAUAUCCAGCACACCAAGGCAAGACCCUUGCCUCAUCAACCGGUCAAUGUCUUGCCACAUCGAGGUCCUUCUCCACCCUUGAAUAGCAAGGAGAUCUACAGACAUUCCCCUGCAUAUCCAGUUAUUGCGGAUGCUAAUCAUGGGUCAUCAAAUUAUCUCAAUCAAAGCUUUCAACCGCCGUCACCUGCUCAAGCUCUCUGCAGAAGUGGUAGGCAGAUUCAGACAUGUCAACCGGCACUUGUGAGUGAAGCCAAUUCCCACUCUGCAGGAAAUUGCAGCCUCACUGCAGCUGAAAUUGAGAAUUGGUUAUUGGAAGACAUGCCCUGUGAAGAUCUUGGCAGUUUAUUGGGGGACAUGCCGGGUGAGGAUAUCGAAGGUGGUCUUGAUGAUACCAUCUUGUACCAGGUCCACAGCUUUGCCUUUUAAUUCAGAUAUAAUAUAAUGGGAAAGAAGCAGCAGUCUACUGGGAAAUCUUUCCAUUCCACAAGAGGCUGGAUCUAGGCUAGGUAAGGCCUAUCUUCGGGCUGCACUUGGCAUGGGCGGUUCAAACACACAGCAGAGGCCAUCCUUGCAUGCUUUUGAUCAUAAUUCGUUUCAGCCUUAAUCAGUGGAACAAUGCAAACAUCAUAACCCUUACAUACAAUUCCCGAUUAGUCCUUGUAUCCAUGUCGCUGUCGGUGCCCUAAUUUGUUUUCGGGUAGCUAAGUUUUAGGAACUUACCAGAUGGGAUUUUGGAGCAGGGUAUGAUGAUUAUUAGAAUAUGCGAUUCAUGGGGUGGAUGUCUAUAGUGAUUGGCAAUUUGCAGGGCAGCAGUCAGGAGGAAAUGAAAAUGACCAAAUAAAAACCUCUAUUUGCUGUUGCUGGUGUCGUGCGACCACAGCAAUCCCCUGUGGUGAUUGAGGAUUGCUGUCACCUGCAUUGGUUGGCGGCCAGUGAUGCCCGCCGAUGAUGAUUGGUAAGGGUCCAUUGGUUGCUGCAGACCAUGAUCAUCAUUGUGGAGUGGGGUCGACGCUGAUUCGCCUUGGUUUGAAGGUGCAUGGUGGCAGUGUCGCUGUUUUUUCAUGAAACCGUGAUGUGACCAUUUGGAGGCUAUCGCGAGGCUGAGGCUGACCGAGCUUGUCCUCCUUUUUCUCAUGGAUACACUUUAAAUUGUAAAUUUUAAAAUAUACACUAUUAUUUAUUAUUUUUAGUACAUCAUUGAACGUUUCGGCC